UCCCCACAGAGAGAAACCAAGGGCCAGUUCCUGGUGGACCAUGUGUGUAACCAUUACAGCCUCCUGGAGAAGGACUACUUUGGCAUCAGAUAUGUCGACCCAGAGAAGCAGAGGCACUGGCUGGAGCCCAAUAAACCCAUAGUGAAGCAGAUGAAGUCUCAGCAGCCCUACACAAUGUGCUUCCGGGUCAAAUUCUACCCUCAUGAGCCAAUGAAGAUCAAAGAGGAGCUCACCAGGUAUCUACUCUAUCUGCAGCUGAAGAGGGACGUCUACCACGGGCGUCUCUUGUGCCCCUUCGCUGACGCAGCCUACCUGGGGGCCUGUAUUGUACAGGCUGAACUAGGGGACUAUGACCAAGACGAACACCCGCCAGACUACAUCCAAGACUUCAAACUGUUCCCCAAGCAGUCGCUUAAACUGGAGAGGAAGAUCAUCGAUAUUCACAAGAACGAGCUGAGGGGGCAGUGUUCUGCUGUGGCCGAGCUUCAUCUCCUCCAGAGGGCACACAACCUGGAGACAUACGGAGUGGACCCUCACCCCUGCAAAGACUUCACAGGAUCCACAGCCUUCCUGGGAUUUACAGCCACUGGGUUUGUGGUGUUCCAGGGAAACAAGAGAAUCCACCUGCUCAAAUGGGCUGAUGUCAACAAACUGAAGUUUGAGGGGAAAACAUUCUAUGUCAUUGGAAUUCAGAAAGAGAAGAAACUGGUGCUGACGUUCCACACCUCUACCCCAGCGGCGUGUAAACAUUUGUGGAAGUGUGGGGUGGAGAACCAAGCAUUUUACAAAUGUGCAAAGUCAAGCCAGAUCAAGACUGUGUCCAGCAGUAAUAUUUUCUUCAAGGGAAGCAGGUUUCGGUACAGUGGAAGGGUUGCAAAAGAAGUCAUCGAAGCCAGCUCCAAGAUCCAGAGAGAGCCACCAGAGGUGCAUAGGUUACACUUUGGGCAGAGCAGAAGCUUCAACUCACUGAGCCACAAAAACCUGAUCAUAAACAUGGAGCCUCUUGUCCCAGCACUGCCCUCCACCAAUGAGUAUGAAGAGACCUCGGCAGACAAUGCGGACUUGGGUGAGGAGCUGGGUGAGGGGCUGGGUGAGGGGCUGUAUGAGGAGCUGGUUAAGGAGCUGGGUGAGGAGUUGGGUGAGGGGCUGGGUGAGGAGCUGGUUGAGGAGCUGGUUGAGGAGCUGGGUGAAGGGCAGGGUGAGGAGCUGGUUGAGGAGCUGGGUGAGGGGCUGGGUGAGGAGCUGGUUGAGGAGCUGGGUGAGGAGCUGGGUGAGGGGCUUGGUGAGGAGCUGGUUGAGGAGCUGGGUGAGGGGCUGAGUAAGGGGCUGGUUGAGGAGCUGGUUGAGGAGCUGGGUGAGGAGCUGGGUGAGGGGCUGAGUAAGGGGCUGGUUGAGGAGCUGGUUGAGGAGCUGGGUGAGGAGCUGGGUGAGGGGCUGGUUGAUGAGCUGGGUGAGGGGCUGGUUGAGGAGCUGGGUGAGGAGCUGGGUGAGGGGCUGAGUAAGGGGCUGGUUGAGGAGCUGGUUGAGGAGCUGGGUGAGGAGCUGGGUGAGGGGCUGGUUGAUGAGCUGGGUGAGGGGCUGGUUGAGGAGCUGGGUGAGGAGCUGGGUGAGGGGCUGAGUAAGGGGCUGGGUGAGGAGCUGGUUGAGGGGCUGGUUGAGGGGCUGGGUAAGGAGGAAGAGGAGAUCCUAGGUGUGGGUUGUGGGGAGGUUCUGGAGGAGCGGGGAGAUGCGGUGCGCUGCCGGUUAAAGAUCACCACCAGUCACAACCUGCAGCUCCGCAUGGCCAACCACACGGCCCGGGACGUCUAUGUACGCCUGCUCGGCCACGGGGAACACAUCUCUGGGACCGGACUACUGGCUCUGAAGGACUCUGUUCACUUGUCCCCCCUGAAGCCAUCUACCACCCCCACGGAACGAGAGCUGGAGUGGCUGGAGGGCUCUGCUCUGGGGCAGCACAAGGAGGAGGAGGCCCCUACCAGGGCUGGGGGGGAGGCAGAGGGGCAGGAAGAGGAUGAGGAGGAAGAGGAGACGAGUGGAGUCCUGACCAUCUCUGAGUUGGUGUACAACCCCUGUGCCAGCAUGCUGCCCACGCCGGUGGACGACGGCCAGGGAGGGGUUGACCUGCUGUUCCAGAGCCCCAUCCAGAGCCCUGCUCGCCUGCUGAGAGAGCUACAUGCUGACCCUGACAUCCAGGCCCAGCUGGUGGCCGAGAGGGUGCGUGACCGUGCCUUUGAGCGUGCACGUGUGGUGGGGAGGAGCAUGUUAGGUAGCGGGCUCCGCCUCCUGACGAGGAAUGAGCGGGUGAACACGUGCGUGCUGAGCGCGGUCCGCCUCAUCGCCAUGGUGAUAGGGGUGCUGCUGGUUGCCGUACCGAUGCUGCUGCUGCUGCUGGAGUCGGACAUAGACGUGUCGUUUUUGCACGAGAUCAGGCAGACACCUGAGUUUGAGCAGUUCCACUACGAGUACUACUGCCCGCUGCGCCGCUGGAUCCUCUGUAAGAUCAGCAUGGUCAUGGAGAGGCUGGGAUGGGACUGAAGUGGAGAGGAGACACGAGAGUGGAAAGAGAAAUGGAGGAGUAGGAAGAGGAGGAAAGUUGAGGGAGGGUUGCUUUCACUCUGUACCAUGUUUCUGUCUGCUCGCUCCUGAUGCUGACACGCUGAUGGGUAUUGGUUGUGAUUGGACAGUGAUUUUCUAGUAGGUACGAGACAAAUAUGUCUCUGGAGCUCAUUUGAUUGACUCUCCUCUUCAUAACAGAGUCAGUGAUUGAUCCCAGACACUGUCAGUAAUGGCGGAGUGGGCGGGACAGAGAGAGAACAUAGAUCUGAGAGCAACCCUAUAUCACUGGCAACAUAACAGCCACAGCCUACAGAUAGAUACACUACAUGACCAAAAGUAUGUGGACACCUGCUUGUCGAACAUUUCAUUCCAAAAUCAUGGGCAUUAAUAUGGAG